GUUUUAUUUUACUUCGUCAAAAUAUCUAUUAACAAUACCUAUUAUAUAAAAUACUUUGAAUACUAAUAUAAUUAUUAUAUUUUUGAUGGAAUAUUUAAUUUAUAUUUAUAUUUUCAAUAUUAAGAUUUUAUUAUCUGCUUAUAUUUAAUUUAUUAAUAAUUCUAUUUAUAUUUUAAGAGUUAUAUUUUGUUAAAAAUUAUUAUGUGUCGAAUAGGUGGAAGUUUAAAAGGACUGGCUAAAACUUCGUAUUUCAUUACAACUCCAAUAUUUUAUGUUAACGCAAGUAAGAAUUUGUACUUUAAACUGUAUACUACAUUUAUGCACUUUUUAUUAAUUUUAUUAUAUUUUAUAAAUAAAAGCAGUCUAUAUUAGACUUAGUAUAAAAAACCCUUAUUAUCUUUAUUACCAGUGUUGUUUGUCCAUCCUUUAAACUUGUGAGUUGUGGCUAUAGUUUAUGUUAGGCAGAUACCACAUUUGUUUGAAUUUUUUAUUGAUAUUGUAGUCCAAAACAUCUUAAAUCUAAUAUUUAGAUAAAUAAAUUGAUCACCUACCUAAUUAUAACAGGUGUGUACAACAUGCUUGAUUUUAUUUAAUUUUUUUAGAUUUAGGUAGAUAUAUACAUUUUUUUUAAAUUUGAGUCUAUUUUUAUAUUUAGAACAAAUGGUUUUUUAACUUUAUAGUGUAGGUAGAUAGUACUUACAUCAUACACAAAUUUGUAUUGGAAAUAAUAAACAAAAACCAAUUAUAUUUUUGAGGUAUAGGCAGUGGCGGCGUGAAUGAGGUUAAAUUGGCCCCGCCGCAUCACAAAAAAAAAGGUGGGUGGGUGUUGAAUGUUGACAUUUAUGGUUGAGUAGGUACAAGAUAUUUGACGUACAAUGUGUAGUACAUGAUGGAAGACACUUUAUUCUUUAGAUUAAUAUUAAAAAAUCAAGAAAAUUUACAUACUGAUCUCUAAUUUGGUUAGCGUUUUUUUUUUUAUAUUUAUAUUUUGUGUUUAUAUAUAAAGGAGGGUGGGUGAGUAGGUGUUGAAAAAUUUGAAUGCGUCAUUGAAAUAAUAAGUUCACGUCGCCACUGGGCAUAGGUAUGUCAACGUAAUAUUAUAAAUUAUUAUUUCAUAUGUACCUAAAAUCUAGUUCUAAAUACUUAUAUGUAUGUUGUUGGGUAAUAUUUAUCAGUUAUGAACAUAUGCCUAACAAAAUUAAUGGGUCAAUGGUUAUGAAUGAUUUUGAGUAACAAUAAAGUGUUCUGUAGUUUUAUAUCCUACCUACCUAUCUACCUAACUACCUACCUGUACCAGGGUGAUUAAAAUUAAUAUUGAAAUUGAAAAUUUCACAACCGAAAAUAGUAUAUAUCAUUUUUACAGUAAAUAAACUGGUGUAGUGUGAUAUAUCCAAAAGUAUACCUCUUCAUACCUCACCAAUACAGAGUGUUCUUCUUCUCUUUUGCUUUAUCCCAACUAUUUUGGUCAACUACCCUUAUUCUAAACUUCCACUUGACCCGAUCUCCCACCUCCUCUAUACCGGCUGUCUUCAUAUAAUUAUUUUUUAGUCUUCCUCUACACCUAUUUUCCCUCCUCUCAUCCACCAAGCAUUCUCAUCUUUGCUAUAUUUUUCUGUCUACCGCCCAACAUUCUGAACUGUACAACUUUGUCAGCCUCACCACACCUUUGUAGAACUUAACUUUAUGUCUCAACUCACUAAUCCAGAGUGAUAAUAUAAUAAUUAGUAGGUAUCUAAAUAAAUACAUUUAAGUUGCAUAUUAUACUUUGGAAUCAACUGUAUAGGUAUUUGGUACAAUAGUAUAUUACUUUCUACCAAUUAUAAUUCUAUAAUUCAACAAAAAAAUAUGUUUUAAAGUAAAAAAUGUGAACUUUACAUAUUAUUUAACUUAUAACUACCUAAGUGUAUAAAAUAAUAAUAAUAAAAAAAAAAAGUUCAUGAAUAUUUAUAAUAUGUAUUGAUUAAUUUGUGAUUUUAGAUCCUCACAUUGGACAUCUCUACAGUGCUUUAAUUGCAGAUGCUUCUACAAGAUUUCAAAAGUUAUUGAAUCCAAGUUUAAGUAUUAUUUUUAGUACCGGUACUGAUGAGCAUGGGUUAAAAGUACAAAAAGCUGCUGAAAGUAAUAAUUUAUCUGUAGAAAACUACUGUAAACAAAUCUCAAAUAAUUAUAAAACCACAUUUAAUAAAUUUGAUAUUAGUCAUACAUCUUUCAUUCAAACAACAUCAGAAAAUCACAAAAAAUGUGUACAGCAUUUUUGGAAUAAAUUACAGCCGCAUAUAAAAAAAGGAAAGUACUCUGGGUGGUAUUGUACAGCCGAUGAAACUUUUUUAUCACAAGAUCAAAUAGAACUAGUAAAUAAUAUUCGUGUUAGUAAAGAAUCUGGACGACCAGUUGAAUGGGCAGAAGAAGAUAACUAUAAAUUUGAUUUACGACCUUUCAAAGAUCAUUUGCAAAAUUGGUUAAAUAAACCGGAGAGAAUUAAACCAAAAGUAUUCCAUGAAAUACUGAAUAGAGAAAUAAUUGAUUUAUACGAGAUAUCAUUGUCAAGACCAAAAAGUCGGGUCAAUUGGGGUAUUUUAGUACCGGGAGAUAGUACACAAACAAUCUAUGUAUGGCUGGAUGCUCUUGUAAAUUAUUUGACAGUUUCUGGUUAUCCAGAUACAAAACACUGGCCUCCUAAUAUACAAAUUUGCGGUAAAGACAUUUUAAAAUUUCAUGGAAUAUUAUGGCCCAUAUUUCUAAUAGCUGCUGGUUUAGAACCUCCAAAACAAAUUUUUGUGCAUUCUCAUUGGAAAGUUCAUGGUGAGAAAAUGUCUAAAACCAAAGGAAAUGUGGUAGACCCAAUAGAUGCUAGUCACCAAUAUACUGAAUCUGGAUUAAGGUAUUUUUUGCUUAGAGAAGGUACUGCUCACAGUGAUGGUAACUAUAGUGAUCUUAAAAUUAAAAAUAUAUUGAAUUCUGAAUUAGCAGACACAUUGGGUAACCUUUUAAACCGAUGUUGUGGAAAAGCUAUUAACCCAAACCUUGAUUAUCCAAAAUUAGAUUUAGUAGCAUUCGAAAGUCUAUUGAUUGAUUCAAAUUUUGUUGAAUUAAACAAAAAGCUUGAACGUAUUUCAGACACUGUUGGCAGUCAUUAUGAAGAGUUGAAUUUUUAUAAAGGUAUUGAUGAAAUAAUAGCCACAUUACAAUGUUGCAAUCGAUUUUUUGAACACAAUAAACCAUGGGAAUUAGUUAAACAUGAUGUCAAUAAAUUAACAUGUGUACUACAUGUAACUAUGGAAACAUUGAGAAUUUCAGCCUUAGCUCUUCAACCUAUUGUACCUGUUUUAGCUGAUAAAUUAUUGAAUAAGUUAAACAUUAAUAAUAGAAAUUGGAAUCAAAUAACACCGAGUUGGAAAUGCAGAAACAUUGUUAUUAACCCUACAAAGUUAAAAAAAGAUAAUAUAAUAUUAUUUAAAAAGUUAUCAAUAAACUAA